UUGGUUUUGAGUCCUUUGGGAUUAUUGCCAAGCCAAACAGUAACUUGAUUGCAGAGUUUGGUUCAAGCAGAGGAAAACUCUUUUUGGAAGACAAAAAAAUUUGUUGGGAAUUUGCCUCUGAGAUAAAUGUUGAAAAGAGUGAAAGAAAAAAGGACCAAUGGGAAAAUCUUCGCCAACAGUUCAAGAUAAAUUAAAUGCAGUAUACCAAGAAAGUGGUAUGGCAAAGAACCAUGUGGAGUGGAAAAAAGUAAAAGCAGGAGAAAUUUUGGCUAAAGGCUUUCCAAGUGAUAUUAGCCCAUCUCCUGCCUGCACAUUUGGCAUUGCAACCUUAAAACAACUGUUGCAGGAGGAUGUUGUCUUUUCUUUUCAAGAAGCUGCCGUGAACCAAGAAGGCUUUAAAAUUACCUCAAGCACAAUUGAAAUUCAGCCAGACGAAGAUAUUUGUCUUCAAGAAGGCGAUCCUUUUGAAGAAAUGAACAUGACAGCUAAUACUGAAUGCCUUGAGGAAGGCCUUUAUAAAAUAGACUGUCUGCUGGACAAGAAAAUGAUGAAUAAAAAACCACACUAUUUGGUCAAGUGGACUGGAUACCCUGAACCUACUUGGGAACCUUUUACAAACAUUGAUGAUCAGAAAAAAAUUCAACGCCAAAAGGAAUGA